AUGCAACUACACGCCUUCAAGGCGUGGAUAUCGAGGACGAAGCGAACGCGCGACUCCAAUGACAGCCAACCACACCCAAUCGAGUAUGUUCCUGUGUAUUCCAAUCAGGGCACGAGCGCAACCACAUUGCCCAGUCAAAAUUCGCCCUGGCCCUCGCCUACAGUUCCUAGCCUUGUGGGCUCGAGCGUUCACGAUGGCUCGAGUGGUGGCUACACCAACACGUACGGUAUGACACCUGCACUGUCGCCAGAUCAGCAACAUCUACAUUCAUUGUAUCAGCAUUCCCCAAUCAGUGAGAAUAUAGACGAUGACGAGCUGGUCAACCUGUUUUACUCUAACUUCUUUUCCGCCCAUCCAAUUCUGGUUCCGGCAUGCCUCUACCAUGGUCAUCCUUACCCAGAAUAUGUGAGACAAGUGGUUCUAUUCAUUGGAAGUCACUACUCGUUGUCAGUAUCGAGCGAUGCCCUUCGGAUGAACAUAGAUCUCACCGGACCUGGAAGCAUUGUUGAAAGAAACCCUACCAUGGUACAAGCACGGCUGUUGUUUGCAAUUGCUCUGCACGCGCGCGGUGAAGCAAUGGACGCCGCAUGCAUGAUGCAAUCAGCCGUACAACUAGCUAUUGACCUCAACAUGAACCUUCGAGACUUUGCACCAGCACACGGCAGUGGUAAUCCCAUCCUGGAGGAGAGUCUCAGGAGGACAUGGUGGGAGCUCUAUUGCAUGGACGGCUACAUGGCCGCUCUUCACAAACUACCUUCUUUCAAGAGCAAUACCGUCCGCUCAGACGUUCUGCUGCCAUGCGAGGAAAUGGUGUACGCCAGUGCUGGCUGCUUACCACAGCCAUCUUCUCUUCAGCAGUUCGACAUGCGACUAUUUGCAGAUGAGGAGAUUCAGUUCUCGUCAUUCGCGUACCGUAUUGAAGCCGCUCGGAUCCUUGCCAGAGUGCUUUCGGUGGCAGGAACCCAAAACGAAGACCAAGUCCAGGUGGUCGACAAUGCAUUGGCCGGCUGGAUCCACAGCUUGCCGCAAGCCAAAGUGGAUGUCGUCAACGUCUACAACACGGUUGACGAGAUGCUUUUCCAGGGGCACAUGAUCAUCCACUGCGCUACAAUAUAUCUGCAUUUACCAAGAAGCGACUUGCUCAACACACUUCCAGUCACUGCGAACAUUGUAUGCGCGGAGAGAGGUAGGCAUAUGUCUCCUGCUUCCACACAGCACUCUCACUCCGUCAAAGCGACCAACGCGUCUAAAGAACUCUCCAACCUGGCCGCCGUCCGUGUUCCGGUACAGAAGCAUACUCCUUUCUUCGUGUGUGGGCUUGUCCUCGGCGCGAUCGUUCAAUUAUCAGCCUGCAGUGCCAAUGCAGGCACUGAACAGCAUCGAGACAGAGUAACUUUGAUCAUCGGACUACUCAAAUCACUGAGUCGGAACUGGGCUAUAUCUGGUCAGGUGCUUCAGCAAGUCAAGAAGGUGGCUUCGGAAGUGCUGCGUACAAGCACUCUUGCGUCACCCAACAUUGAACAUCGAAACGAUACAAACUAUUACGACAGUGGCAUAAGUAUGAGAAACAACCCGGACAACACUUCAUGGCUUCCAAUGCUGAACAUGGUCGAGAACCAAGAGUUCCAUGGUCUCAUGCACGUCGAGCCGAUCUAUCCUGGCACGGUCUAG